GCAGGACAUUGUCUUGGCAGUGCGGCUGUUUGUGGAGCUGUGUGCGGCCUCAGCAGUCAGAGGACAGUCGCUCUCUGGGCAGAUCUCUCUCUCUCUCUGUCUCCUCCACUGUAAACAUCUCCUCUCAUUCAUUCUGCUGGCUGCACUGAGGCUCGUGCGCUCUGCGGCUGCGGGCAUCAUCCAUGUACUGUCAAUGUGGAUAGUGGCUUAUUUACUGUGCAUCAUCUGACUGGAGAAGACAUCUGACUGGCACCAUGAGCAGCACUGUGUUUCAGCAGCAGGCUGUCCACAGCCCUCUGGAGCAGCAGAAGCAGAAGCAGAAGCAAAAGCAGGGCGGAGGAGGACCCAUCCCCUGUCAGAACUGUGGAAAGCCCUGCAAAGGGGAGGCUCUCCGAGUUCAGAACAAACACUUCCACAUCAAGUGUUUCGUCUGCAAAGUGUGUGGUUCUGAAUUGGCCCAGGGAGGUUUCUUUGUGCGGCAGGGCGAAUACAUCUGUACUCUGGACUACCAGCGGCUGUACGGGACUCGCUGCUUCAGCUGCCAGGACUUCAUCGAGGGGGAGGUGGUGUCCGCCCUGGGCAAGACCUACCAUCCCCGCUGCUUCGUCUGCGCCUCAUGCAAACAGCCGUUUCCAGCCGGCGACCGAGUGACAUUUAACGGGAAGGAGUGUAUCUGCCAAAAGUGUACCCAGCCUCUCCCUGCCAACAGCCCUGCACCCAUACAGGCUGUCCACAACUGCUGCGGCUGUGGGAAGGAGUUUAAGAAUGAACAGUCUCUCGUAGCACUGGACAAGCACUGGCACCUGGGCUGCUUCAAGUGUAAAGUCUGCAACAAGGUGCUCAACGCCGAGUACAUCAGCAAGGAUGGGAUCCCCUACUGCGAGAUGGACUACCACGCCAUGUUCGGCAUCCAGUGUGAGAGCUGCAAGAAGUACAUCACUGGGAAAGUCCUGGAGGCUGGAGAGAAGCAUUACCACCCCACAUGUGCCCGCUGUGCCCGCUGUGAGCAGAUGUUUGCAGAGGGAGAAGAAAUGUAUCUGCAAGGAUCUUCUAUCUGGCAUCCUCCGUGCAGACAAGCAGCCAAGCAGGAGGAGAAGAGUAAGAAGCAGGUCCGGAUACAGCUCAAUGACGCCCCAGAGCAGCAGGUGACCCGGACUUCAUCUGAGAGCAUCACUUCAGUCCCAGCAUCCAGCGCCUCCGGCUCUCCCAGCAGAGUCAUCUAUGCCAAAUUAGGAGAGGAGAUGCUGGAUUACAAGGACCUGGCAGCCCUUCCAAAGACCAAGGCCAUCUAUAACAUAGACAGGCCUGACAUGUUGUCCUACUCUCCAUACGUCAGCUACCCGUCUGAGGAGAGGCACUACGGAGAGUCCCCCCAGCUGCUUUCUCCUACUCCUACCGAGGGUGAUGGGGAGAAGUCACCCCGUCAGCGAAGGCCCUCCAGCCCCAGCUCCAACAGCUCCCUGGGGGGCUAUGGACGGUACACCCCGUCCCGUUCCCCACAGAACUACAGCCGGCAAGGACCAGAGGUACACCUUGGUGGUAGACACAGCAGCCAAGCCCGUGACUCCAGUUCUCUCCCUUUGCCCCCAGCCCUCAUGGGUGGCGUUAAGUACCCCUCCACCUGGGCCAGGGACUCAUCCUCCCUCCCUGUGUACUAUUCUGGUGGGGCUGAAGGGAGUGGUGGUUGUGGUGGUGGCAAGUACUCACCCAUUCCAGGAGGUGGCAGUGCAGGCUUGUCUUUACACCUAAACCCCACCACUCUGGCCAUGCUGCAGCAGCACAACUACAUCCCUUACUUCAGAGGUAGUGAAAGUGGUCGGAGUACUCCCAGCUUAUCCACUUACUCUGAUGGCAAAUCCCCCUCAUCUACUUCUACAUACGUGGCUGCUCCCCGGCAUUUCCACAUACCAGAGACUAUGGUCAAAGAUAAUAUCUAUAGAAAACCCCCCAUCUACAGACAGCAUGCUUCUAGAACAUCCUGGCAGGAUGGUGAUGAUAGCAAGCGGACCAGCUGGAUGAUUUUGAAGAGUGAGAUCGAUGGACAGAUGGGUCCAGAAGACCUGGAUCCCCGCAAAUCAACCUGCAGUUUGCCCACUGACACCUCCCAACCUAAUUUCCCUUACAAUAAGUCUGCAUCUUUACCCGGCUACGGAAGGAACGGCAUCUACAAGGCUGCUGAGAUGGUGGAGGAUGAAGUGGACCCAGACUCCCAGAGCUGGGGAGGCAUGAGAGAGUACAAGGUCUACCCCUAUGAAAUGCUGGCAGUGACGCAUAGAGUGAAAGUGAAGCUUCCCAGAGACGUAGAUCGCACCAGACUGGAGAGACACCUAUCUCCCGAGGACUUCAUGCAGGUUUUCGGCAUGACCCUGGAUCAGUUUGACCGCCUGGCUCUCUGGAAGAAGAACGACAUGAAGAAGAAGGCGCGCCUUUUUUAGACAGAAAUUUCAAAAAAAUAUAUAUAAAUAAUUAAACCGCUGAGCAACAUCUCAACAAGCAUCUGGAAGGGAAACAUAAAACAAAAAAAAAACCAACCCAUCUGAAAUAUCUAUAUAUGCACCGCCAUUAUUACCCCCUACUUUCCACCUGUAAAACGCCAUGCCGUCCGCCUGUGAAGCCACGGAGAGGCGCUCCGUGCGGGGACAUUUUCACGACGUCGAGGCAGCAUCUAUAGCUUUUUGUAUGCAGUGUGGUCCGAAUGUUUGACUGACAACCUUGCAGAAGAGGACGAGGAGCUGCGUUUGCAUGGCCUGUGUUGAUGCUCCUCGCCUCCCAUGUGGUUUCUGCAUCCGCCUCCCUCCCCCCUGUCCAGACGCUUUCGUACACCCCAACAACAACAAAAAAAAACAGCUUUUUCUAAUUCUCCUGCAGGCCUUCCUCCAGUUUUCCGUGGUUCUGACUGUUUUAUGUGCUCUUUCUCUGUCCAUCUUGACUUAUCUCCCUUUCUGUCGAGUUUGGUUUCUCUUUGCGAGGGUUUCUCAUCUUGUGUGUCUUUACAUAUCAUCUGUUCGCUGCGCUGCCUUCUUUCUCUCUCGCUGUGUCGUCUCCCUGCGCCGAGUGGCUGUUACAUUAUCAAGCCAGUUUUUUUUUUCUUUAACGCCCAUCGCCAUUACAUUGGGAAAGCGAAGAGACUUUCACUGUUCAAGCAUGUCAAGGUCAAAGACAGGGAUAAACAACUUCAGCUUCUCUGGUGUUCUACUUCAAAAAACUGUCAAAAAGCACCUUAUCAUGCGCUUUUGUUUUUGAUUUUCUUUCAUGCUCUUUUCAGUCAGAGACGUUGGAACGGGCAGUUUCGAUACCCUGAUACGUUUGAGAGCGGCUUCGUAUCUCACACGAGCCUCUCAUAAAUCAGCACAGAUAGGAGAGCCAGGGGCUGGAUAGCAGCCACAACAUGGCAGAGGAUCGCAGACAGGGUGAGGCGGGGUUUCAACGAGAAAAAGAAGGCACCAAAGGCUUCAGAGUGUGCAAAGGUGUCAAACAUGCAGCAUUGCCAGAGUGACAUACGCUCACAUCGAGUAAAAGAAAACAAAUGAAAUUAUUUUUAUAAGCUAUUUUUGACUUCCGGAAAGGAUCAUUAACCCAAUCAUGAGACGCAGCCGAGAGAAAUCACGAUUUUGUUACAAGGGAAAAAGACAAAAAAAUCGCCCAUGCUGACUUUGUUAAGCUUCGCAGACCCGCAGCAGCACUUAAGCAUAACAAGUGAGGUCUUGCUUGAUUUAAAACUCAAUACUCUAACUGUGUUAUAUCUUCUCAGAUAGAGAUUUAACUCUUUAUAUGUUUGUUGUUUGAAAGCAUUGUUGCGUACAGUAAAAAAAAAAAAAAAAAAGCUACACUUUUGAGCUGAAGUCCGUCAGCUUUGCUUGAUUUUUCUGGACCGUAAAUCGAUCAACUUGCCAACUAACAUACUGUAAGAUGUAUGUGAACAUAUACUGGAUAUAUACCGGAUUUAUCUGUCUGUAUACAAGCCAUGGUGUAUAACUCUUUAGGCAUGCAUGAGGAUGGGGAAAAUGGGGUUUGUCUACUGACCUCAUAUUAGAAAUGUAUGAAAACAUUAUCAUCAAUGUGGUUUGAGUGAUUGAUUAUUUUCUGGUCAAAUUAAAAUGCCCGGAUCAGCUGCUUACAUUAGCUUGUGUUAGGUAUAUUUAUUUAAUUGCAAUAUUAAGGAAGGGAUUUUAUUUUGAAGGGUGUAGUGUCAAAUGCAUCACAGAGAAGAGCGCUUUUUUUUGAAGAGAAACAUAUCAAAUUUUGAGUUGAAUCUGAGUGUCGAAGCAAAUGUUGCUCAUGUAAGUAACACACUAACUGUUGUCACAAAAACGUCAUGUCCUCUUUCUAAUAUUCAUCUGCUAUUAAAGUGCUUUAUCCAAACUAUGUCAAUAUGGGUUGGAGUGCUUGAGUUUGUGAAAUGAUUGUUAGAGACCUAUUGCUUACGGAUACCCUCGAGUAAAGUGUGUAACGUAUCGGUGUGUGGAUGGUUUUUUUUGUUUUUAAUAUCUUGAUCUUGAUCAUCAUUUUUCUGGGAUUGUAAGAGUUUUUUUUUUUUUUUUUAUUCCAGUGAAGUAAACUGCCAGCAGGAAGGGUUAUAGCAACAUUAGCAUAAGUUAGUGUUAUAGAGGACAAACUUUAAUUGUAAACCUACCCUGUCUUCCAAGAUUACAUUCAAAUACUAUUAAUUCGUAACAGCAAAUGUGUUUCUAAGCUAAAAUUAUGUCACACAGAAUUAAUUGUUUUGACUCUGUGACGUCGUAAAGUGAGUUUUUCUACUAAAUCCGCUCCUGUUUAUCGAUUGUGUUUAAGAAUUUCAAAACAACAUAAGGAAAAUAAUGGUCACCUAUUAAAAUUGUGAGUAGUGACAUCUUAAUUUUCCGUAUAUUUUACAAAAGCUAUGAUCUGUCUUUGAAGCAUUUUUGUAGCUUAAACCUAAUCUAAAAUCGUCAUCGCCCUUAAUCUCAGUAUUGAGAUACUCAAAUACAUAAAUAGAAGCACCAGUUCAGCAAUUUAAGAAAUACUCCAUUACAGUCCUGCUUUGUCGUUUAAAAUCUUGGCGAUAUCAUCAUCUAAAGUGUCACCGUCACACUGAUGCAAUCAUCAUGCAAAUGUUGUGGAUGGUCAUGGUGGAAAUCUUAGGUUAGUAAUUGGCGAGCAAAAUAAGAAAAACUAAGUUCUUGCACACAAAUGAUGCACAAAAGUGUCAGCUGAAAAUAAUUUCUUGCACAACAUUAAAAAAUAAACUGGUUGUGAGUCACGUAAAAGGCGAAAAGCAAAGUGUUAUCACAGUUCCUUUCAUCUUUAGAAGACCAUGGCUUUGUUAGUCUACCGUCUCGACUUUGAUGACACUCUGGUGCAUCAUUUCAUGCAUCAUCGCAAAGAUAAUAUCAACCUAGCUGGAGGUCUUUAAAGGCUCCAGUUGCCUCAAGUUGUCUCAUUUGCUUCAUCAAAUGUGGGGAAUUAUAGCUAUCAUGCUGGGGUUACAUCCAAGAAAAAUAUGAAUGUUCAUCCAAGAAGUGUCAGUAUGACUAACAAGUCUUCCAACCUGACAGCCCUGAAGGUGGUUUGGCCCGAAUCUCUGAUAUGACUCCCAUAGGUCAUUGGUCAAAGUAAUUUAUCAUGAGGUUUUUUUUUGUAACAGCACCCUCUAGUGACCAUAAUAGUCAUAAUGGGGGAUCCAAAAAAUCAUCAGUUAAUACAGCAAACAACAAUGCAUCUCAAAUUACCAUUCCGCUGGAUCCUAAACCAAAACAGAAACACAAGACACCAUCUCAUGCUUGUCCCAAGUUUCUGCAGUGGAACAAUGCCUAUGGAGUCACAAAGUCUGUGUAGGAAGGAGGUUGGGGUGGGUGAAUGGGUUGACAAAACAUUGGACUUUUACUGUUUGUCCUCCAUUUUCAAGUGGUCUUUUCUUUAAAGCAUGGUCAUUCCAUACCCUAAGUCUUGUCUGCAUUACUGUAACCAUGACAGCAAACAUCUUCUAUUGUAACCCAAACCCAGAUGUUUCCCAAAAGCUAAGCAAACUGUAGUGAACAGUAUAUUUCCUACUGUUUCAGGAGACACUCUUUGAGUGUCAAAACAAAUAACCUACAUUGCUGUUCAGGUUGGUUAAGAAAAAACAACAGGUCAAGUUUAAUUCAAGGAAAAGACUAUGUUUUGGUUUGAAUUAAGUGCUUCUUGGGUCAUUUGCCAUCAUUGGAAAAGAAAAGUUAACUGUCGUUUAAAAAAAAGUGGUGUCCUGUGUUAAACACCAGGGUUUUGUUCACCCAUCCAUCAACCACAACCUCCUCCUUAAGCAAAAUUUGCAACUCUUGACCUGUAUCACCUGUCUUGCUUUUUGCUCCUGUCUUACUAUAGUCAUAAAAAGGCGCUGACUGAUGCUGUCACACAUGUUUGCUAGAGGUUGUUUAACAAGAACAUGAAACUGGGCUUUGUAAGCUGCUUGCACAAACCUGUGGGGCCAUUUUUUUAUGUGGGGACUUUCCAAACAUUGUGGGUACUUUCUAAUUGAGCGCAAUACCCCAAUGCCAUCAGAUCAGGGAGGGGAGUAACACUCAGCCAGAAUGGACUGCACAAGUUGAGAGAUCUUUUCAUCUCUUUAGGCAAACAGACCUCUGACCCAGACAAAGAAACACCGACGACUUUCACACAUUGCUCGGAGCAUGUGGUGAAAAAAUAUUUAUCCCCAUCUUUGAUUUAUAUUUCCUUCGUAGCUGCCAAGAACAAAGCCGAGUUCUUCCAUUUUGAAUAGCUCAUGAAAAACUGAUAGAGCGCACGUAAAGGAAUGAAUGUAUCAUGUUGUGUAAUCAGUUACAUAAAGCUAUGGUUUUGUCAUCGGAUAUAUGGAUUAUUUAUGCUCACCCCAAAAAUGUAAUCAUUUUCCAUUUAUCGCAGAGAGUUAAAGGUUCUAAUGGAUGGUGGUUUGUUAUGGCUGACAUAUUUUUGUCUGACUUGUUUCCUUGUUGGCUUUGUUGCGAAUUUGAGAAAUAUCCGAUGUCCAUCUUGUAAUAAAUGUUAAAUUCAA